AUGAACUUUGGGGACUCGAGUACGACACGACAAAUAGGUUUAGGUGAGCUGUGGCCGCUCCUGGCAGAUGUUGACCUCAAGUGGUUUGCUCGGUUCCUGCGGGUGCUUUUGCAGCUCGCUGAACCUUCUGAUGAGGACACGGGACGAAUGCCGCGGCUCGAGGCUUCGGGUAUUGUCACCGGGAAUCGAAGCGGAUGUCGUUCUGGACGCCGUUUCACAGCAGAGGAUCGGUUUCGACUACCGCUGAGUGCGUGCGCGCUUCUAUGGGAACAGGCGCGCGCCUCCAACGACGCUCCCGGAAGACGAGGUCCCGGGGAGGUCGCUGCUGGCGACGAACCGUCGGCUUCGGAGCGCAAGUUUGACUGGGAGGACAGUCAAGCAUGCGUUGUGUUCACGCUAGCGGAGCUGUCUUCGUUGGUUCCAGCUUCGAUUCGUGAAGACUUUGAUUCUGUGUUGCGCUGUUUACUCGAGGAUGAGGAUGAAGUCAUCAUCUUAACCGAGAACACACAACUUGAGUUGCUUGAUGCUGUAUACGUCACAGUUACGGGUCAACCGGGUAUCCCAGCCUGUGUCUUGGUGGAACGAUCCUAUGCGAAUGUCGAAGCGCACAUAUCGCUCUUGUGCUGGGGUCUCUGCGAACAACGGCUGAGCUUUCCCACCUGUACACCGGAUUCUUCAUUGGAGAAUCGGCUGUGUCCAAUUGCGCCGAUCGAGGGUCUUCAUCAGUCGACGGUGAAGCUUAUUCAGGAGCAUGACGCGUACUGGCGCUGGGGUGUGGUACAGAUCCUCGAAUACCUGCUGAGCUUCGGUGACACAGCGCUGCGUCCAAAGGCGCAGGCAGCCCUCGAGCAAGGCAUUCAGGAGGCGCCCGAGGUGUUGGCAUGUGCUCUAGCGGAGACGCCGAAGCCAACCUCAAUGGGCGGUGCUGCGCUGCGGGAGCAUGCACUGGACGUGCUGCUUCCGUCUUUUCUGAUGGGAGGCACGAACCCAAAUUCAGCGGCAGUCGCUCGCCGCGUGUGGCAACAUGAUCGAGCUGCGCUCAUACGUGCAGCCAUGCACUGUUGGCAGAAAGACAGGGCAGCCGCUGCUCGUCUCCUGGAUGUCGCUCAAGACCUCAAGGCUGUACCUGAAACAUUGGCAGUGGUGCGUCCUUACGAGUUCGCGAUCGAUCUGGCGUUGCUGGCUUCACGGCGAGAAUACAUCAAUCUCCGCAAGUGGCUACGCGAUCGUCUCCAUGAUCACGGAUCAGAGUUUUUUGGGGCAUGCCUCAAUUAUCUGAGCGAGCGGGCGGCACAGGGAGAUGCAGCUGCGCUCUUUUCGCUUGAGGCUACGGCUACGAUGCUCAAGGUGUUGACAGAGAACGUCGGCCUCGUGGACGAGCGCAUGCGCGAAGAGCUCGAUCAGCUUUGUCGAACUUCGGCAAAAGAGGGAGAUAGCCAGGAUGCUUUUCCACCAGAGAUCGAGGAGCGAGCGAAUCAGUUUUUCCAACGCAUCUAUGCGGAGAAAACGUCCAUAGCGCAAGCGAUAACUGAGCUCCAGGAGCUUCAAAAUUCACACACCGAAUCGGAUGAUAUGCUGGUGCGCUGCAUCAUUCACAAUCUGCUCGAUGAGUAUCGGUUUUUCAGUCGGUACCCGGAUCGAGAGCUCCGCAUAACAGCGGAACUUUUUGGUGCGCUCAUCAAAAAUGAGAUCGUGGUUCCACACUCCCUGAUGUUCACGCUGAUCAUGCGGUAUCUUUUGGAAUCACUGCGAAAGUCGCCGCCGAAUAAGAUGUUCCAGUUUGGUCUCAUGGCGCUGGGAACUUUUCAGCAUCGCCUUGCGGAGUGGCCCCAAUACGCCAGAUACAUCGUUCAGAUGCCACACCUGCGCCAAACAGCUCCUGAGUUUUUCCAAUCGGUCUUGGCGAUCGUAGAGGGCGCCGAAGGCCACGAGGCAUUCCACGGAGAGGCACCAGAUGAAUCCGAUGCUUUCCGCAGCGGCGCGAAGAAACCAGUGGCAGUUGAGCUCAGCACAGGCGCUGACGCCAAGUCGACGAGCGCCAGCGCCGAGCGUGCUUCCCCAAGAGUUCGCGGUGAAACAGUAGCCGGCGCAGGAAUGCAGGAUAUGCACAAAAACAUUAUGGGUGCUGCGGAGCGUGCUUCGACAUCAGCGUCACCCUCGAGUGCCGUAGCUGCAUUCGGUCUCUCGACACCGACCACCUUAGAGGUACUGCUGCGGGCAUCGCGCGAUGAGCAGCGACCUAUGAGCGUUCCUGAUACAUCAAUUCAGGAUAAGGUGCACUUUAUUUUCAAUAACCUCUCUCCGGAGAACAUGGACAGCAAGGUGCGCGAAUGUUUCGAGAUUGUUCACGAGGAGUACUGGGAUUAUCUUGCACAGUACAUUGUGGUGAAGCGCGCAUCCAUCGAGCCAAACUUCCAGGCUACCUACGUCAUGUUCCUGGAGCAUGCACCCCAUCUGAUACCACUGGUUCUCCGCAAAUCGUACGAUAAUGUGCGCAUUCUGCUGAACUCGGAAAAGAUCCGCUACAGUACCGCGGAGCGCUCUGUGCUCAAAAACAUCGGGAUGUGGAUCGGUUCGCUCACGCUGGCUCGGAAUCGACCUAUUCUUCGCCGCGAUCUGGACCUCAAAGCGCUUAUCUUGCAGGCGUACACCACCGGGCUGCUCAUUGCCGUUAUCCCAUUUGUUUGCAAGAUACUGGACGCAUGUCGAGUGUCGCGCAUCUUCCGCUUGCCGAACCCCUGGAUCGCCGCCAUCUUUGGACUGCUUCGCGAGAUCUACGAGCUUUCCGAUCUGAAACUGAAUUUGAAGUUCGAGGUCGAGGUGCUGUGCAAGAACGUGGAGAUCGAUCUCCACAGCGUGAAACCCACGCACCUGCUCGCUUCUCGCAGCCGCCCCGUGGGUCGUGAGAACCCCGAUUUCACAUUCAAAGAGGGUAGCGACCUCUUGGCGAGUCCGAGUUCACGUCGAGAGAUGCUCACGCCGCACAGCGCGACACCAUCGACGUUACCGACAGCGGCAACACCGGGCUUGGCGACAACCGGUACGGAACGGCCGCCUGGUGCAGCAACAGCAGCAGCAGGUGCAGGUGCAGGUGCAGGUGCAGCAACAGCAGCUCUAGCCUCGACGCCGGCUGGAGCACUCGCGAGCGCAACACGAGCCGACCGCUCCGACGAUCGUUCGAGUUUCGAUCUGGGCGCACUGCGCUCCUCGUUGCACUUGGCGACCACGGCGCCUCCGCUGGCGGCUGCAAGAGCUGCCCAGCUUGCAGCACAAACCGCAGCGAUUGCCGACGGCGUGACCGUGAUUCCCAACCUCUCCCAGUACAUCAGUGUGAAUGAACACCCCGAGUUGUUCCAGAAUCCAUCUGUACUCAAGAGAAUUGUAGCAGUUGCUAUUGAUCGAGCAAUCCGCGAAUUUAUUCAACCAGUGACCGAGCGUUCCGCACUCAUCGCCCUGGUAACAACACGGGAGCUCGUCGCCAAGGACUUUAGUCAAGCAGAUGGAGAGCUAGCGCUCAUGGCUGGGCAGCGCAUGGCACAGGCGUUAGCCAGCGGCCUGGCGCACAUCACGUGCAAGGAUCCCUUGCGUAUUUCCAUGAUAGGGCAUUUAAGAUCAGUUUUUUCUAAUAUCGGUGGUGAUCAGACGAUCGUCGAACAAGCAGUGCAGGGCAUUGUCGCGGAGAAUCUGGAUACCGCUUGUGCGAUUAUUGAACGUGCUGCAGCGGAGCGGGCGACACGCGAGCUGGAUGCCAACAUGCUGGUUGCAGCAAUGAGUUCGCAUCGGCGGAUGCCGCAGCUGCCUCCGUCACUCGUGUCUGUGAUGCAACAACCGCCGAUACCGCUGUUGCAACCACCGGCUAGCGUCUAUGAGGCAUUCUCUAUGCGGGCAACGGCACUGUGGAAUUAUGGAGCGAUGGAGAAUCACGUGGUGAAGACCACUGGGUAUCCGUCGGCGUUUGCUUCUGCUCCUCCAUCGGUAGCGCCGCUCUCUGUAGCGGGGCAAUCGACGAGCGCUCCAAUGGGUGUUGGCGGAGUGGCGACUGCAGUGACCUCUUCGGCGAUACCCAUAGCGGUUGCGACGACAGAUGCAACAGGCGCCGGACCAGCAGCUGCGCAGCGCUUCCCCAGUGGCGCAGCAGCAGCAGCAGCAGCAGCAGCAGCAGCAGCAGCACCACCACCGCCAGCAGCAGUAGCGUCUGCGGUGUCGACUCCGGGGGGCCUCACGGAAUCGCCUGAUGCCCUGAUGCGCAUGGUGAGCGCUGAAGAGCGCUUCAUGCAGGCCUACGCGCUGCUGAUGAAUGUGGCGAACGCGGAGCUGCAAGCCAAUCCGGAGAUGACGCUCUCGGCGGCUGGCGGCACGAAACGCGUUCUUCAGCAAAUCGCUGCGCUGGUGCGACGGUUUGGCGAUAUGGAGCGGCUGUGUGUAUCGCUGGCGAUGAAAGUGUUUCGGUGGCUGCUUGACGCGCGCGUGCGUCUCCUUGUAGAAACGCACGUUGUUUUGCUCAAACUACUCAGCGAUCCGGCGCCACGAAUCCAUGCGGAUGUAGCUUCCUGGUGUGCAGCCCUGAGCGCGAAGGGCAACAACACGAACGUGGACGCGGAUCAUCCACUGGGCGUUGGCGUCGAGCUCACACCCGAUAUCCUGCACGCACUGCAGCGGGGCGGUUUUGACGUGCUGCACUCGCGGCUGCUGGAUGCAGCAGCUCCGCAGACACCCGGGCCAGCCUAUGCUGGAGGCAUUAGCAACGCUGGUGGCGGUGCUGGUGGCGGUGGUAGUAGUGCAGCGGCAGCGCCGUCGCUUGCGCCUAUGGAGAUGGCGGGUGCGGGUGCGGGUGCGGCUGGUAUGCUGCCUCCAGCACCGCCGCUUGCUGGCGUGCCUGUUCCAGGGACGUCGCUCCAGGCGUCCCCAUUGAUGAUGCAGAAAUGCGGCACCGCAGGUGCCGUGAGCAAUACCUCCGAACGGGAACAAAUCGCGCAUCUCAUGGACGCCUGGCAGCAUAUCCGCAAUUCGGGCAGUUCCUUGAGUGAGCUGCUUCCUUUACUGAGUCGUUUCCAGCUAGAUGCGCUGGUACCGGCGGUCGUUGCUUACGCGCUGGAACCCGGACAUCAAGUGCUACCAUCCGCUGUCGAUGAGGCAGCGCUUCUCGUUGUUGCACUUGUUCGCGAAGUGCCCGGCCUUGAUCUUUCGGAGCGGAUGGUGCUGCUGCAGGCUGCGCUGCAGGAGGCAGUACAGCAGUUGCUACGGAAUGCUGGGGACCCACGACCUCCUGCCUGGUUUUUGCGCAGUUUGGCUCGGGCGCUGCACGAUACCGACCGCGAACGAUACUCGAAAGACGCUUCCGACGAUGACCGCCCUGCUAGCAACGAAGUCGCGGGCAGCGAAGGCCCGGCCAGCUCGACGCCGGACUUGAGCAUGUCGAGCCCGCAGAUUUUGUCCUUGUUUGGCGUUGCGCUGCACGCCAUCCGGCCGGCUGUCGCACCAGUCUUCGCUUUUUCGUGGCUAGAACUGGUCUCGUGUCCGCUGCUAAUGCCAAGGAUGCUUCUGAGUAGGCAACGGGCCGGUUGGCCUGCCUUUCAGCGUCUACUCGUGGAUGCGCUGGAGUUUCUGCAACCCUUUCUGAACGCCGUUCCCAAGGGUCAGCCAUUGAGAUCAGCGGUGCGCCUCUUUUAUCGUGGUGUGUUGCGGCUUCUUUUAGUAGUCCUCCAUGAUUUCCCAGAGCUUUUGGUGGAAUCGGCGCCGGUUCUCUGUGAUUACAUACCGCUGCAUUGCGUGCAGCUACGAAACCUGGUGUUGAGUGCGUUUCCGUCCAAGUUGCGGCUGCCGGACCCGUUCUCCCCCGAGGUGACCAUCGAAAGCGCAACCAAGAUACAUACGGUGCCACGUCUGAGCGCCAAUCCAGCUUCAGUAUUGGGACGAAGCGAACUCCGUGCGGUGCUCGAUGAAUAUCUGCAGCAGGGCGCCCCGACUGGAUUCAUGUUGAACUUGUCCGCGCGCUUGCGGGCUGACGAUCCACUUGGCAGGUAUGUGGUGCCGCUUGUGAACGCCGCUGUGCUCUACGUGGGUCAGUACGCUGUGCAGGCCCGGGCAAUGGAAAGCUUUAUUCCAGUCUUUCUGCAUUUUGCAGAAGAGCUUGAUGACGAGGGUCGUUUCCUGCUCAUUUGCGCGAUGGCGAAUCAGAUUCGCUACCCCAAUGCGCAUACCAGCUUUUUUGCGCUGUCGCUGCUGCACCUGUUUCGCCACGGACACGUUCGCAUUCGUGAACUGAUUGCCAGGGUUCUUGUUGAGCGCCUGUUUGCAGCAAGACCGCAUCCAUGGGGCCUCCUCGUGGUCUUUCUCGAACUGGUACGGAAUCCCGAGUACGGCUUCUGGCAGAGUGACUUUAUCCAGCUUGCUCCGGAACUCCAUCGUUUGAUGGACAAUGUAGCGCGCACUUGUCUGGGGGUUGCGGACGCUCGAGCCGCAGCUGCCGCAGGUCUCAGUUCUGAGCGGAAGAGUGCCCCGCGCGGCAUGAACGCAACCUCGCUGAGCCCCAGCAUGGGCGCUGCUGCAGAGACACCAGGCGGCAGCACUGGUGCUGGUGGCGGUGCUGGCGACAAGAGCCGCCAAAACCUCCCCGACGACACGAACCGGUAA